UCUCGAUGUGUCAGAGGGAGUCAGGGCGAGUCUUGACUGCAGACAUCGUCGAGUAUGCAACCAGGAUGCGCAUCAAUAUGAAAAGAAACCUUCGCAUUUCUCUGAACGUUUUAUCAUUGAGAAACGUGUGACCGCUCAGAUCAGCACACAAGGGAAACCAGCGUACACACACAUCUCAAAGAACUGUUGUGACAGACGAGUGUUGGAUUUUGAGUCUGCGUCGUCAUCGUUCUGCUCUUCAGCCCUUUCUAUUCUCAAAUCCGUCCUCAGCCCCGACGAGAACCCACCAUGUCCGGGAAGGAGCGCAGCCCCCGCCAUCGGCCAUGGUCUGUCUACCGGGCCAACACGUUUGAUCUCUCAGCUGAGAUGAUGGGGCUGGCUCUGUCAGGCAACAGUCAGGAUCCAGACGAGCCUGUGCUGGAGUUCAGCGUGGCCUGCAGUGAGCUGGUCACUCCCUCUCUGGACCGUAAGCCAACCAGCUUCGUCGCCAUCAGCUGCACCACUCCGCCCCAGGCCUUCUGGACCAAGCACGCUCAAACUGAAAUCAUAGAGGGCACCAGUAACCCAAUCUUCCUGAGCAGUGUAGCAUUCUUUCAGGACUCUCUGAUCACUCAGCAGACUCAGGUCAAGCUCUCUGUCUACGAUGUGAAGGACCGCUCGCAGGGCACGAUGUACAUGCUUGGUUCGUCCAUGUUUUCUGUGAAAGAGCUGCUGCAGGACAAACACCACAGACUGCACCUGACUCUCAGGUCAGCGGAGAACGAGCGCGUGGGGAACAUCACCGUCAUCGCCUGGCAGAUAGAGGAGAAGCGCGAGCAGAGAGCCCCCGUUGCAAGACUUCAGAGAGGAGACACUGUUAAUGGAAGGAUGGUUCUCCCUGUUGAUGAGAGCCUGACUGAAUCCAUGGGCAUUAAAUCCAGGUCUUCAUCUCUGUGUAAAGACCCACUGCUAAAGGCUGCGUUUGGGGGCGUCAUGUCGCGAACAUACCGGUUCCCCACCACAGACGGCAACCACCUUCGGACCCUGGAGCAGAUGGCGGAGAGUGCGUUGUCCCUGCACAUCCCUCGACAGUUUGUCAAACUGCUGCUGGAGGAAGAUGCCGUCAGGGUGUGUGAGCUGGAAGAACUGGGCGAGCUGUCUCCAUGCUGGGAGAACCUGAGGAGGCAGAUCAUCACUCAGUAUCAGACCAUCAUCCUCACCUACCAGGAGACCAUAAGUGACCUGCAUGAAUACAAAGGUCCAUCAUUUAAGUCGAGUACCUUGAAAGCUGAAAGGAAGUUGGAGUUUAUUCCUACUAACCUGCACAUCCAGAGGAUGAGAGUACAGGGAGAGUCUGGCUAUGACCGGACAUAUGAUGUCGUGACUAUUGGUGCUCCUGCUGCACACCAUCAAGGCUUUAAAGGCUGUGGCCUCCGAAAACUGCUGCAAAAGCUUGAAGAAGCCAGGAAACACUCUGCUGGCUCUGGCUCCAAAGGAAUGGCAUACCAGCCUCAGGAUGUUGUGAAAGCGAAGGAGCUGAUUGCUCAGAUUAACACUCUGAAGACACAAGUGUGUUACUACACUGAACGUCUGUCUCGAGCCGCCAAAGACCGCUCAGCCAACGCUCUCGAGAGAACCCUGGCCAUCCUAACAGAGAAGACUCGGCAGUUGGUGACUGUGUGCGACUCCAAGUUGCUGUCCUCAGCCAUCCUCGCUCUGGCAGCCGCCCGCCCAGAGUUCACUCAGCAAGGCACCCCAUCCCCAUCCUCCUCCUCCCUCUCCCCCUCCUCUUGUUCCCCAUCGCGCUCCCCUUCCCGCCACCCGACCUCUCCAUCUCGUGCUGCCACCUCGCCUUCUCGUCAUGCAACUCCUCCGGAGGGCAGCGAAGGGAGUAAAAACAAGCGCACCUCCUUUCAGGCAGAUCUGCACGAGGAUGAGUGGGAGAAGGUUUGGCUAAAUGUUGAUAAGAGCCUGGAGUGUGUGAUCCAGAGGGUGGACAGGCUGCUGCAGAAAGACAAACUCCAGAGCGACAGUAGCUCUGAGGAUGUAUUCCUGCUCGCCACCGAGGAGCCGAGUAAUGCUAAGAAAGGUAUUCAUAGUAACCAAGAAGCUUUCUGGAUACAUCCUGAACAUAAAGACACGGAUUUACCAUCAUCAUCUUCACUGCAGCCAUCAUGUCAUCCUCUAUUAUCAUCACCAUCUUCGCAUCAAAAUCAUCAACCAUCAUCAUCAUCAUUCUCUCGCCAGACUCCUGCAUGCCUUUCAUAUCCUAUUGAUCACAUCUAUAGCAGCCCAGAGGUAGAAAAGACAUCCCCAGGUGAGUGGAGCGACGCUCUGUACCCUCUCCUCACCACGCUGACUGACUGUGCGUCUCUAAUGAGCGACAAAGCCAAGAAAGCCAUGGUGUUUCUGCUGAUGCAGGACAGCGCCCCCACCAUCGCCAUGAGCCUCACCCUGCAGUACCGACGCGAUGUUGUCUUCUGCCAGACGUUGACGGCGCUGAUCUGUGGCUUCAUUAUCAAGCUGAGGAACUCUCUCUGUGACUCAGGCUUCCUCAGGCAGCUACACACCAUUGGCUUACUGGUGCAGUAUGAGGGCCUGCUCAGCACCUACGGUGAGGAGCUGGCCAUGCUGGAGGACAUGAGUGUCGGAGUGAUGGACCUGAGAAAUGUCACCUUUAAAGUUACCCAGGCAACUUCAGGUUUCGCCCCGGACAUGCUGCCGGUGAUCACAGGAAACAGGAACGGCUUCAACGUCAGGGUUCCGAUGCCCGGGGUGAUGUUCGAUACGUUGCCACGAGAGAUCCAGAACGGGAUGCUGCUGCGUGUGCAGCCCGUUCUGUUCAACGUGGGGAUCAACGAACAGCAGACGCUGGCUGAGAAGUUUGGAGACACGUCACUACAAGAGGUGAUCAACAUGGAGAGCAUGACACGCCUCAGCUCAUACUACGACCAGUUUAAAGAAGUCCUGCCAGAAGACUGCCUGCCUCGCUCCCGCAGUACCACCAGUCUGCCCGAGCUGCUUAAACUGCUGAGCCAGAAUGUGAAUGCCAAGAAAAGCAAGAACGUGGAGAUUUUGUGGCAAGCAGCCGAGGCAUGUCGCCGCCUGAACGGAGUGCGUUUCACCAGCUGUAAGAGCGCCAAGGACCGUACAGCCAUGUCUCUGACCCUGGAGCAGUGUCAGAUCUUGCAGCAGGAGCACGCCCUCGCCCCACAGGUCUUCUACCAGGCCUUGGACUGUAUGCGCAGUGAGGGCUGCAGGAGAGAGAACACCAUGAAGAAUGUGGGAUGUCGUAAAUACGCCUUUAACUCUCUCCAGCUCAAGGCCUUCCCCAAACAGUAUCGCCCCCCAGAGGGGACGUAUGGGAAGGUUGAGACCUAAGCGGACUUCUCUAACUGGAGGAAACCAAAAGACUGAAGGGGAUAAUGAUGAUAGCACCACACAAAGAAAAAUACCAACACAAACUGGAACAACAGCCCUUUGUUUUGUGCUUAGUCACUGUUAAGAUGAUAAAUGUCCAAGUGCCAGUGCUACUCUAGUUUGUUUUAUAGCAGUUCCCCCUCUCCUUUAGCGUUACUAGAAUCACACACUUUGCACGGCCACGUCACAGCCAAAAACAUUAAAGAUAUUGCUUUCUGUCUUACAUCGUAGCCAGUGUGCAGAAAACACUGUUGUACCAGUUGUAGCAUCAGGAAGUGUACAACUGAGUUAUUUAACUUGUGUCCUUAGAAAUAAGAUGUGUGCAAAAGUCUCUAGAAAGAUGAUGUGGGACACAUAUUUAUCGUUGUCAUUUUGUGCUUUCAUUUGAUUUUAUCAGUUUGUCCGUUAAAAGUUAAGGCUGUCACCGUUUACUGCUUACUGUCAACAAAUUCCUUACAAAGACCAAAAACAACAACAAAUGAAUCCUUCUAACAAGUAUUGUCUGUGUAGCCAAAACUUUUUGUGUCAUAUUCUGGUCAUAAAGCUAGAAACACAUCAGUGAACCACACUGUUGCACUGGCUGACAUGUUCCUUCAUUAAAAAAAAUAAAAAAUAAAAGUAUAUAUUUUAAGGAUAUGUGUUCAGGAGGAACAAAUGUGCUUGGGGCUGAAAAUCUGAAAAUGCUGAGAAACAGGCACAUUGUUGUUUUCGGUCUUUUCAUGGGAUUUGUUGACAAUAAGCAAUAACAAAUAAUAAUGCAACCUUAUCCUUUAAGGCUACACUAGGCAAAAUAUUACUUACUGAUUUUUUUUUAAAGUCUGGUCAGUUCUCCUAAAAGAGAUCACGAAUUUAAACUAAUGGUAACAGCAGCAGCAAGUGUUUGAUUGUGCUGUUGGAGAUUACAAAAUGUGAAAAGAUUUCCUAAAAAAUGUUCCUUGAAAAUAUGUUUUUAAGAAUAUUACUGUAUAUGUCGCUGCCAUUUGGAGCCGCCUACAUGUGACAUUGCCUAGUGUAGCUCUGAUUAGACCAUCAGGUUUGUCAGAGUCUUUGGCUGUUAACAUAUUUCUCUGGACCUAAACUGCACUGCAGAAUAACAGCUGUUAAAGUCAAAGCACUUACUUUGUUGUCUUGUUCCCUCCCACUGUCUCUCCUUCUUCGAUCACAUCAAUAUACAACAUAUCACUCUCUACAACAAGCACAGGUCUUUAAAAAGUACAUAUCUGGCAUUUGUAUUACAGUGAUGUCUCAUAUAAUGUGAUUUCUGUUGUUCUUCAGUGGUUCACAAACCGUGGACUUCAGAAGUGCUGCAUCACAUUAUUCUAUAACUCCAACAUAUGUACAGAUGUUUAAGACAUUUCUGCAGGUUAUAUGCAGCACUGUAGUGGUUCGAUCUAACCCUUCAGACGUGGGUUUUUAUUUAUGAAAAGCGCGUGUUCUUGGUUUUACAGCACUCAGUUGAAUUAUGCAGAACUUUGUGAUCGAAAUUGCAUUAAAACUUGAUUCAUUUAAACUGCAUGAAGAAAACCCCACUGCUUUACACUAUUGCAAUUAUAUACUGUUGCAAUUGAGAGUAACCAUGAGCACUUGACAGAUGUUUUCUAGCCGGAAGUGAAAUAAUGCAUAUUGCAUUAUUCUACUGACCAUCAACAACACCUCUUCUGUUGUCAGUUUACCAGCUCCAAUGUACCUUAUUGUACAAAACUUACAGAGACAGUGGAUUUUAUUUUGAAAAUGUUAUUUUGCUUACAGGUAUUUAUGUUGAUAUGGCUGUUGUUGCCAAAUGCUGUUAUAGUUUUAUCCAUUGUUAUUUAGUAAGUUAUGACCUUGUUCUGAUCAGUUGUACAUGGACAGGGGAGUUUUGGAGAUGCCUGCACCCCCACAGAGGUAUGACACGGACCUGGAUAAUGAAUAAAGGCUGGUUAAUGCCAAA